CCUUGAGAGCCGGACCUCGUCCGGCGCGGCUGGGACCAUGGUGUUUCUUUCUGGAAAUGGCUCCGACAGUUCCAACUGCACCCACCCGCCGGCACCAGUGAACAUUUCCAAGGCCAUUCUGCUCGGGGUGGUCUUGGGGGGCCUCAUCAUCUUCGGAGUACUGGGGAACAUCCUAGUGAUCCUCUCCGUGGCCUGUCACCGCCAUCUGCACUCGGUCACUCACUACUACAUCGUCAACCUGGCGGUGGCCGACCUUCUGCUUACCUCCACGGUGCUGCCCUUCUCCGCUAUCUUCGAGAUCCUAGGCUACUGGGCCUUUGGCAGGGUCUUCUGCAACAUCUGGGCGGCGGUGGACGUCCUGUGCUGCACCGCGUCCAUCAUGGGACUCUGCAUCAUCUCCAUUGACCGCUACAUCGGCGUGAGCUACCCGCUGCGCUACCCCACCAUCGUCACCCAGAAGAGAGGUCUCAUGGCUCUGCUCUGCGUCUGGGCGCUCUCCCUCGUCAUCUCCAUCGGGCCUCUGUUUGGCUGGAGGCAGCCGGCCCCCGAGGACGAGACCAUCUGCCAGAUCACCGAGGAGCCGGGCUACGUGCUCUUCUCGGCGCUGGGCUCUUUCUACUUGCCGCUGGCCAUCAUCCUGGUCAUGUACUGCCGGGUCUACGUGGUGGCUAAGAGGGAGAGCCGGGGCCUCAAGUCCGGCCUCAAGACUGACAAGUCGGACUCGGAGCAGGUGACGCUCCGCAUUCAUCGGAAAAAUGCCCCGGUAGGAGGCAGCGGGGUCAGCGCCAAGAACAAGACGCAUUUCUCGGUGAGGCUCCUCAAGUUUUCCCGGGAGAAGAAAGCGGCCAAAACGCUGGGCAUCGUGGUCGGCUGCUUCGUCCUCUGCUGGCUCCCGUUUUUCUUGGUGAUGCCCAUUGGGUCUUUCUUCCCUGAUUUCAAGCCCUCAGAAACAGUUUUUAAAAUAGCUUUUUGGCUCGGAUAUCUAAACAGCUGCAUCAACCCCAUUAUAUACCCAUGCUCCAGUCAAGAGUUUAAAAAGGCCUUUCAGAAUGUCUUGAGAAUCCAGUGUCUCCGCAGAAAGCAGUCUUCCAAACAUGCCCUGGGCUAUGCCCUGCACCCACCCAGCCAUGCCCUGGAGGGGCAGCACAAGGACCUGGUGCGGAUUCCAGUGGGAUCAGGAGAGACCUUCUAUAAGAUCUCCAAGACGGAUGGGGUCUGUGAAUGGAAAUUUUUCUCUUCUCUGCCCCGUGGAUCUGCCAGGAUUACAGUGCACAAAGACCAAUCAGCCUGCACCACAGCCCGGGUGAGAAGUAAAAGCUUUUUGCAGGUCUGCUGCUGCUUGGGGCCCUCAACCCCCAGCCUUGGAGAGAACCAUCAAGUUCCAACCAUUAAGAUCCACACCAUCUCGCUCAGUGAAAACGGGGAGGAAGUCUAGAGGACAGGAAAGGUCAGAAGGGAGGGGGGAUGAUCUUAGGUACCCACUCCACUUCCUUAUCAGGAUGCCAGUUCACUCUUCCUGGAUGACAAUACAGGACCAUCAAACGAGGGACCAUCUGGGAAUGGGGUGGCGGAGGAGACCUGACUCAUGGGAAAUGAGUAGGGAUCAGGUAAGAGGGAGGACAUCACACAACCAUCCAGCUCAACAUGACGAUAAACAGCAUGUCCUUGAGGCUAAUGCUCUCUCAGUCAUCCUCUGAGCCCACUUUCCACGUCUGGCCCUUUCAAUGAAAAACGCCAUGGGAAACAAAAUUUCAUACACAAUCCAGAAGACUAUAAAUAUAAGAUUAUGAUUUCAUCAUGAAUAUUUUGAGCAUACACUCUAAGUUUGGAGCUAUUUCUUGAUGGAGUGAGGGGAUUUUAUUUUCAGGCUAAACUUACUGACAGCUACGUUGGAUAUUUACGGGGAGCAGGCCUGGAGAGGAAGAGCCUUGAGAUGGUGGCUGAUAUCCAGGCACAUUAUUUUUAGAGCAAGUUUUAAACUCCACCAUUUCUGAUGCAUCCAGUUUCUCAACUUGGGUGAAAUUGUAAAGUGGGAUUUACCUUUUGCUGCAAUUUGACUGGACACUGGUCCUGAUUCCCUGAGGAUGAGAGUGAGGGGCACUCGUUAUGUCUCUGAACUAAUGGAGGCACAUCCUCUAUGCUUGAGUCCAGAAAGUGUUGAAAGAACCAGUCAGGGAAAAGAUGGCUUUCACUAAUGGAAAACAGUAGAGAUGAGGGUCAUCUUUUCAAGUUAGCUACUACAGACAAAAUUCCAUUAAACAGUUCCCAGAUCAGAUGGAGGAAGGCUUCUUGUGUAACAUUUAAAGAUCAAGAGGUUGCAGUGGGAUGGGUGCUGAUUUCAUGCAAGAUAGAGACUGCAAAAUUGCUCCACAGCCUUUUUGCCAUGGCCUAGAAAGGCCUUUCUUGACAAAUCACUUACCUUUUCCAGAACUCCAUUAUGAAAAUCCAGAGACUAUAGUAUUUUGAAGGCACGUCUUCACUUCCGUUUUUUCUCAGCUGCUUCACUAUCACAUAAUGAAUGAGAUUCAAGGUCCUGAAUGCAGGUGUGUCAUGCUGGAAUGAGCCUCAUGAUCCACGUAUAUCCUUCCUGAACUUUGAAAGAUACAAAUGCUUAACUUGGGAGAAUACAGACUGGUCACCAAAAACUCGUCUAAAGCAGGAGUUUGCAAACAGUUUUUGACAGAAGCUCAUUUAUUUUGGUAAAAAAUCCAGUAGCCUAUUCACUUCCUCUAUUCCCACUUUUAUAGGAACUUGGGAAACAUGCUAUUUUUUCCCUUAUAUAUACCAAAUUUUGGUAAACCUUAAUAACUCAGUAUAUUACUAAAGAGGAAGAUGGUAACUAUAUGUAAAUAUUAAAAUAUUUUUCACGAUCCGCAAUAAGAAUGUAGAAUAAGAUUUAUGGUUUUGGAAUAAUUUUUGACUAGAAUCACUGGUCUAAAACUCCUGACCAUUUCUGUGGCCUCUUUCCCCUGUUAGGAUAAUUUCCUCUAAGAAUUUCAAAGCAGAUUAUAGCCAUUAUUUAACCUUUAUGGCAAAGGUUGUGGCCCCAUCAUCUUAUCCUUCUUCCCUUGCAGCAAAAUGAUAAUUUCCUUGAAUCCUUCUAAAAGGCUAAUAUCUUUCCACACUGCCAUGGAGGGUACAUUUGCAUUUGCAUUUGAGCUUGGUUGUUGAUUGCAUUUGGACAUAGAAUAUUACUGCUUUCUCAGCCUUUUCUGGAGGUGUCUUCUUUGUUGACCAGAUAGACACCCUGCCUGGUGCUCAUAACUUGGAUUCUGGCAUAGAUGUUGGCUGGAUUUUCAGACUCUUCUGGUCUGCCUGCCUGUGCCAUAACAGCUCUACCAGAUGUGGAUGUUCUCUUAUGGAUGUAGGCAUCAGGGAAGGACUUGAAUAUGCAAAUCUCACCUCUCGUGGCCUUCAUAGGAAAGAUAAGUUUUAUUGUUGAGAAAAGCUCCUUUCAGAAUCUGAAUUUAAAAAACCACUUUUGCCAGGCUCCCCCUUAGAGGAAAAACAUCCCCCUGAAACGAAUGGCAAUAGUUUUUCAUCAGCAAAAUAUGGCUCCGUGUUUAAGAUGAUCUUUUAACACCUUUACAGACAAAUUUAAAUUUUAGGUAUUAGAAAGCUUAAGAUCACCAGAAAGCGAACAUUACUACUACUUCUAAUCAGAAAUCUUUUGGUCAUCAUAUAAAAGCCAUGACAAUUGUAUUCAUGUAAAACUAUCCAUAAAUAAUUGUCUGCUAUGCUAUUCUCCAACCCCACUCCCUCCAGGGAGGCAAACUUUAACAUUUUUUUUCCUUUCCCAUAACAUAUUACGUAUAAACAUGCCAAUUUUACAAGAAAUUGACAAUGUCACCCAAGACUUAGUCAAAGUGGGAUAAACAUUAUCCGAGUUAUUUUUUACUCAUCCACAAAAAUCUCUGUACCUUUGAGCAUGCCAAAAACUAUCUAAAAUUGUCACAGUUAAACAAAUGAUUGUCAUAUUUAUACUCACAUGUUUACUGCUUCUAUUUGGAGUUUGAAGAAUUUACCCAGAGUAACAGUGGUCAAAAUGUCUUCUCUAAUGUGUUGUAAAAAGCAGUUGCUUUGGGAUUGUCUAAAUAUCACAAAAAAUCAAUUUGACAUUAUAGGAUAAGCGAAAUUUGAGUUUCUCCUGCAACUCAAAUUGUGUGCAUUGAGAGACCUUGAAUCUCUUUAUUCAAAAAUUUCCCCAAACUAUUGCAAGGACUUCAGAAAAGCAUUUUACUUCUCAUAGUUUUCUUCCUUUUGCCUCUCUCAUGUCUCUUCGAAGACCGCUUCUGCCUGUAAUCACUUAUUGUAUGCUACCACUCUCCAAAGUAUUAAGGCUGCUAACUCUCUCACCACCUCUUAGACUGGUCCAUCUGUGGUAGAUAGUGAUAUUUGGGUAAAUAAAUAUUUUCUUAAGAUUUUUUUGUUUGUUGCUACUGUGUGCCAGGCAUCAGCAGGGCGUUUUUCUCCCGUUGUUUCUAAACCUCACAGCAAUUCCACAUUCCUAUUAUAGAGAUAAAAAUCUGAUAGUUAGGAGUGGUUAAGGACUUGCCCGAAGCCAAGGAGGAAACAAGAAUUCAAUCCUGGGACUCCCUAACACUAAAGUCUGUUUUCCUCAUAAAUUGUUGGGGUAAAAGUCUCCCAGUUGAGAUUGGGUAUGCUGAGGAUACUAAAUCAUACUCAAAUUUUUUAAUGUUUUGUUCCUUUGGGAUUUGCCUUCCAAUUAACCUCAGUAAAUAUGCUGCCAAAUCUCCAUCCCAGCUAAACCCAAGAGCAGGUCAUAAUUGGAAGGGUUUGGUGCCUACGAUUCUAACCAUCAGAAUGUACCACUCUUUUAGGGGAUAAUGGCCUGGAGUGUUAUUCAGGCCUUGCAACAAAGACAAAUUAUAUCAAAUUGGGAGAAGAUGGACAUAUAAGAAAAUGCAGAAGAGGCUGCAUUGGCCUAGAACAGCAAAACGCAGUGUGGACACGAAACACUUGGUGUAGUGUGUUGAAGUUAUUGACUACCAACCACAGAUGAUUGGCAUGCUUUCAGGAAGUA